AUGUUGGAGCUGAAAGCAAAAAAAGAAGUUACUGAGUAUGCUGAGAAGGUCAUCGAUGGGAGGAUCAACAAAUACUCUGCUUUUCUAGUAUAUGAGAUUGAUCAAAGCAGAUAUGAGGUGACUAACCAAAUGAAAAAUGGGAUAUUAAAGGAACUGAGAUAUCAACACCGCAGUAUAUGGGUGUCAUCAUCCUUCACAAUGGAAACAUAUCGAUCAACAUAUGUCGAGGUAGUAUUUCCUGUUCCAGUUCCAGCUAAAUAUGAAGAACCGGAUGAAGUCAUGGUUGAUUUGCCACCAUUGAUGGACAAAUGA